AUGAUUCUUAAGCACGCGCUCUUGGCACCUUACGCUCCCCCGACCAACCCCUGGACUGGCGCAGAUAAGCGCCAGCCCCUCAAAGACAUUGAAUACAAGGCCUGGUCACACGGUCCCAGGUAUACCCUAUACGACACGCUCCUGGAUCAGCGCUUGGCGACAAGAUGUCAGGCCCUCUUGUUGAUAAACCGACAGAUCCGUGAUGAAACGAAGGACAUUUUGCGACGAUUAGGGAAACCCAGCUAUCAACUCGAUGUGAUGGUGGUCAAUGAAUGGGAGCUGUGGCCAACUUGGCUUUCUGUUCCAGUGCUGCGAAGCCACCUUGACGAGGUGAACGUCAACUUUCGGAUUUUUGGCCACUGUAUCGUCUACGAAAAUUGGCGGCACACAAGAGGAGACGGCGGUCAUGACGGUCUCGAGUGGUGUUUUUACGCAAUGCUUGAGCGGUUCGUUGUACACGGUCCUUUGACAGAGCCGGCAAUGAGCGACCAGCAAGCCCCAAGGUUCUACAUCAACACGCUAACUCUGAACAUCGAAUCCGAUGCUUUCGAGAAAUAUCUGCCGUCGGAUCCGCGUUGGGAGGAGUAUAAGGGAGCCAGAGAAAGACAUCACCGGUCUAUUCCCCAGCCUGAUUCGUCUUUCUUUCCUUUGCUACCUGAGUGGCUGGCAAAAGACUUGUACUGUGAGAUUGACCGCCUUAUCGGGUACAGUUACCACCCAGAUCGGUAUGGGGAUAUCUUGUACGACAAUGUCGGCAAAAUCCGGAUGUUGCAGGAGGGCCGUUUGGUACGGGAGGUAGAUUUAGCCGAACGGGUAGCACGGAGCGAACGAGAAUCUCUGAUUUGA